AAAGAUUAAAAAAAAUCUUCCUCGAUUCCUUCCAGGGACGGCUUCGUAACCUGGGACGAAUUCAUAUCCUUCCUGAUCCUCACCUUCCAACAAAAGGAGAUCCAAAUCGGAUACGAAUCCUUGGAACCACCGAUACCAUCAUCGCCCACGAUGCUGAAGAGCAUGCAUCGCCAUCCUGUCAACACGAUCGCCUUCUCCCCGACCGUCAGGACCGACAGGACCAUCAGCUGGAACGACGGGAGCGUCAUGACGUGCAGCAAGGAUGGCUGCAUAAACUACUGGUCCUUGGACAUGCAGCACGAGAGGCAGGUGCAGUCCUCUUGCAUCCUGCUGAAGGUAUCCACGACUUGGGUGCUGGCAACAGUGGUUAUGCCAGACGUCAGUAUAGUGUGCACGGCUGGUAGCGAGCGAGACUUGAGAUUCUACGAUACCUCGGCCAGGAAAUUCGAGUUGAGAGUGAUGAUUUCUUCCAUUGACUACGCAGUCUGUGCGAUGCACUACGUCUUCAGUCAGAACAUCAACGAGGAAUCCAAGCUGUUGAUGGGUGACCUCCACGGGAACAUAAGGGUUAUUUACAUCCAAUCUGCUGGUAGGGGACCCUUCAAAAGCACCCCUGGCAUCCCCUUACUCAGCGUACGUUUCGAGAAGAUAGUACACAACCAAGUGGAAGGGUUUCGAUACGUAGAUUUCGGUAGGCAACACACGGACUUCGUGAGGCAGAUCAGCUGGUACCCAACCCUGCACAGCAUAGUGUCUUGCGCUUCCUGUCCAAAGAUCGCGAUGCUGAUGAAGGACAUAACGGGGACUAAGGAGAACUACACAUACAAGAUACCAAAAGGGGUUUGGUGUUUCACCGUUGUAGAAGGGAUCCAUCUGUUCGCCACCGGGGGUCCAGACUGUUUGGUUAGGUUGUGGAAUCCCUUCGUCAGGAACAAACCGACGGCCAUACUCUACGGCCACCACACCGGGAUAGUGCACAUGGUGCUGCAAGACGGCGGUAAACGAUUGUAUUCCCUGUCCAGGGACAAGUGCAUCAAGGUGUGGGACGUGGCGAAUCAGAUAUGUCUCCAGACGUAUCUGGGUCUCCCGCCGGAGCUGGGGGAGUACAGCGAUUUGGCAACGCUGUAUAAUCCAGAAAGCAGGCAGUGGAUCAUCGGGAGUCAGAUGAUAGCCAUCAUACCGUUGAGUCCUAAGCAGGACGGGGAACAUACCGACGGUAACACGCAUGUCGGUGGAGUAUCCGUGGUACUUUAUAAUCCACUGUAUAAGCUGGUCGUCACCUGCGGCUUGGACAGCUACAUCAUCGUGUGGAAUCCAUGGGACGGUAGGCGCAUGUGCGUGGUGAAAGAUGCACACACCAAGUGCAUGCACGGCGAAAACCUCCCCAUCGAAAUAACGGCGGCCGCCUUCGAUCCAGGUUAUCAGAGACUCCUCACAGCUGCCCAUGAUGGUACCUUGAAGGUUUGGAGCUUCAAUACCGGCACCUGUCUGCGCAACAUGAACGUUGGCUCUGGACAAGAGAUCACAUCUGUCGUUUGGGUGAAAGGCAGAAUGAUGGCCGUGGGCUGGAACAGGAGGGUGACAGAAUUCGCUGACGGCACAGCAGCUGUGGGUCCCGGAGGAGUCUUCUGCAAGAACUGGGACCUGCGCCAUAAGGAGGACAUAAGCUCGGCCGUGGUAAGGGUGCCUCAAACCCUAGCCACCGCCACUUACAACGGGGAACUCAUACUGUGGCGCUUAGAGACCGGACAAGCAUACAAGCAGUUCAACGUUUCGGAUCCGACCACAAGGAUCAAGAUCCAGUAUAAGGUGGUGAAAGAUAGGAAGAAGUCUGCCGUCUUGGCCACGGUGAGUAAGAAGGCCAGGAAGAGUGUGAUACAAGCCAAGAAGGAAUCUAUGGUUACUGAAGAUAUGAAGAUCAAAAUGGCGAAACGGGGUACUAUCAUGGGAAGAAAUAUUCUAGGGGCUAAGAAGCUCUCCAUGGUCAUGGUACCAGAGGAAUGCGUGCCGUUGAGGAAACUGGCAGUUCAUUGUAUGCUCUUCUUGGAAUAUAGAGAGCCCGAGCCAAACGUGGGAACUCUACUGGUAUCUCUGGAGAAUGGAAGUAUCCAGGUUUGGUCGCACCACACUAACGGAAACUUCAUAACCUCCUUCCAGGCUGUGCAUAAAGCUGGCGAUUAUGUCAUCUCCAUGUGUUCUAGCAAAGACAACGAAUACUUGUUCACAGGAACUUCUGUCGGAUACGUGAAAAUAUGGCUGAUAAAAAACUUCUGCACGCCCCACAAGCAGACAAUCUUCAUGCCUAGGUACAGACUAAUAUUUCCUUUUCUGUGGAGAGACGUGUUCAUUGGAAGGGCAAAACGAGUAGUUUCACAUCAGCCUGAACCUUUGCUGUUGAACAGCGUGAGAUGUCACCGAAUGUCUACCUCUGGUAUAGUUUACAUCGACGAGGCGAGCAUAUUCAUAACUUGCAGUACUGAUUGUAGCGCUAGAAUGUGGACAAUCGGCGGCCGCUACAUCCAGACCAUAGGCACGUUUAAGGAAUGGAAAAAGCUUGAGGUCGGAGUGCCGCCACCGACUGAUUUUGAAUUUAGCGAACCUCCAGAUAUAAAGAGAGUGGCGAGCUCUACCACUUUCAGAGUGCUACGCGGUGGAACGUUGAUCAAACAGCUGUCCAAGAAGAAGUUAGCUCAGUUAGCUGCUAGAGAGUUGACUGCUGUUGACUACACGAAAGUUUACGGUAAAAGACUGGAAGAACCAAUAUUGGGUCAUCACUUUAAACUGCCAGAUAGAUCAGCUCUUCCUCCAGACAUCAAAUUUGAUUCUUCUUUCGCCUACAUUCCUGUUUAUCAACACUUAAUAAUGCCACAACCAGUUUCCUUAGAACGACCAGCUACACCACCUGCUAUUAAGGAUAUAAUGUCUAUCAAGAUGGAAAAAGAUAAACCCAAACACAAGCAGUAGUUUCUCCGCAAGUUACAUAACUUUAAAGGAAUAAAUCUUGUUUUAACA